CGUGACAGUCGAUAGCAACCUUCGCGAGCGCUUGAACGCGGACCGCUCACCUGUCGCGAGCAUGGCGUACUGACGCGCGCGUAACGAAACAAAAUAAUAAAUAAAAUCAACAUUCAAAUCCAAAUAUAAAAAUCAAAUAAAGAAAAACAAUCUCAAAUAUUAUAUUUUUUUUUUACGAUUCAAAGCUUGUGCUAGUGUUCAAUAAACCGUCAAUAAAUAAUCGCGUUGUUUUAAAGCUAUUUAUUUUUUUAAUUUUCAAACGUUGCAGUGAAAAUGGGUUUGAAGUCGGAAGAUGACAAAAGGCCGAGCAAACUGGCGAUCAUGGAUGACGACUCCUCGGAUAAGCCAAGUGGUCUUGGCACCCGACACUGGGUGACGUUCAUGCUGUUCCUGGGAAUGGCGAACGCUUACAUCAUGAGGACGAACAUGUCCGUGGCUAUCGUGGCCAUGGUCAACCACACGGCGCUGCCCGUCAUCUCGGAGGCGACUGACACUGAAUGCGGAGAGGUCACAUCUAACAAGACCAGUGUGGCAUCCACUCAAGAUGGUUCAUUUGUAUGGAGUUCCACCUUACAAGGUUACAUCUUAUCAUCAUUCUUCUACGGAUACGUCAUCACGCAGAUACCCUUCGGAAUCUUGUCAAAAAGGUUCGGAGCCCGUCUCUUCCUGGGUGUCGGUAUGUUAAUCAACUCAGUCUUCGGUCUACUUGUACCGGUUGCUGCUGAAGCUGGUUACGAAUACCUCAUCCUGGUCCGGUUCAUCCAAGGUUUGGGCGAGGGCCCGAUUGUGCCUUGCACCCACGCCAUGUUAGCGAAGUGGAUUCCACCAAACGAGAGGAGUAGGAUGGGUGCUGCAGUUUAUGCUGGUGCACAGUUCGGCACUGUGAUCUCGAUGCCUCUCUCGGGUCUGCUCUCCGCGUACGGUUUCGCCGGCGGCUGGCCGUCCAUCUUCUACGUGUUCGGUCUCAUCGGUACUGUCUGGUGCCUCGCCUUCCUGUUCUUCGUGUCGGAGGACCCUGAACAAUGCCCCGGUAUCAAGGAGACGGAGAAGAAGUACAUCCUUAGCUCGCUGUGGGGUGCUGCUGGUUCCAGCUCACCACCAAUCCCUUGGAGCAAGAUCCUCUUGUCGACUCCAUUCUGGGCCAUCAUGUUGGCGCACAUGGGACAGAACUACGGUUACGAGACCCUUAUGACGGAGCUGCCGACCUUCAUGCGACAAGUGCUGCACUUCUCUAUCAAAGAUAAUGGCUUCGUGUCGGCUCUCCCGUACCUGUGCAUGUGGCUGUUCUCCAUGUUCAUCUCCGUGGUGGCUGACUGGAUGCUGUCCAGCGGAAGGUUCAACCACACUCAAGUCAGGAAGGUCAUCAACAGUAUCGGUCAAUACGGUCCCGCAGUGGGUCUGUUCAUCGCGGCGAACACUGGCUGCAACCCCGCCGCCACCGUCGCCGUGCUGGCCGUCGGCGUCGGCCUCAACGGUGGUAUCUACUCCGGUUUCAAGGUCAACCAUUUGGACAUCUCGCCACGUUUCGCGGGAGUCUUGAUGGCGUUCACCAACUGUCUGGCUAACCUUACUGGUCUACUCGCUCCCAUUGUUGCUGGAUACAUUAUUGAGGGCAGGCCCACACAAGCGCAAUGGAAGAAAGUAUUCUACAUCGCCGGAGGGAUUUACAUUUUCUGCGCCACAUUCUACAACGUGUUCGCGUCAGGCAGGAGACAGGACUGGGACAACCCUGCCGAUGACGAGGCCAACGCUAAGAAGGCCGCCGACAAGAAGGCCAUCAAGCAAGAGAAGAAGGCCGCCAAGAACUCGAACCAGGCGGAAACCGCGCACUAAGUUAAAAAGUUCAGAACCAACAGCGAAAACUAUUUUUAAUCCUAAAUCAAAACGCUUUUGAAAUACUGUCUAACUUUUACGAUUGUAAUAUUUUAAAAUUUUGGAACAGUGUAUCAAAACAUGAUCAAGAUUUAAAUUAAAGGCUGAAUCGAACGUCAUUGUUCCGAUUACCUUUAAAAAAGUAUUAUAAUGUUUACCGCGCGUUUUAAAAAAAGCGCUCGUUUGUUGGCGAUGUUUACCAAAUGCGAGUUCAACGUUAUUUUUAGGUGAGACUGUGUAUUUUGCAAAAUAUUUUUUUAGUUGUUGUUGAUUUUUGUUUAUAGAAAUGAUUCUUUGGAUAUGGUUGCUUACUUUGAUUUCUGGUAAAUCUCGUGCAUGCUAUUUAUUUAAUCGUUUACAGUCAUAGGGUAUGUUUACUCUAUGUUUACAGUCUUUUCACCUGUCUAAUGUAUUUUUAUACGACGAGACGCACAUCAAUAGGGCUGUGAUAAUAUUCUGUGUACGGUACACUACGAACUCGCGUUUGGUCAACUUUUUAACUACCGUAACAUUAUUGCUAUUUAUUAAUUUAGUUUAAUUUUUAAAUACCAUACAAGUAUUGUUAAUAGUUAUUUUAUAGCUUAAUGUAAUGAAGACGUGUGAAAGGUAGUGUGAUUCUGGGGUCCAAAUGAAACCUAAUGUUACCGUCCUAGCCAGUGACUUUUACAAUUUUAUAUCCUCGCAUUUGUGGUUAAUUAACAGUUCAGGUAAUUGAUAUCAUUCAAGAUUUUUACAACAUGUCGCAGGCCCUCGAAUGAAUUAGCAACCGGAACAUUUAUUUCACUAAUCCAUGUCAUAGACUAAGAAAACAACACAAACAAUUUUAUUAUUAGUUGAUACACCUAGUUCAUAAUUGAAAUCCUUAUGACUCUGAACAUGGAAUGACUACAUACUUUUAAAAGUUUGCAGUAAAAAAAAACAUUGGCUUCAUUAGCCGUAAAUUUAUUUCGGUCUAUGUCGUUGAGUUAGUGCCAAAACGGUAAUAUUGCGUUGUGAGUUUUGAUUUUUUGAAAAUCAUUCAUAAUUCGCUAAAAGCGGUUGUUGUUACUUUAGAUAAGCACUUAUAAAUGUAUCAUCUGUGCAAGAUUAUUGUAAUAUUUAUGGAUUAGUUAUAUAUUUCAUGUAACGUUGCAAAACGCUGCACGCCCAGGAGCUUAUGUGAUCAUUAUGUUAUUUACCUAAGUUAACAUUAAGCUAUAUUGUAUACCGCGUACAGAUUAUUAUAAUAAUGGUAACAUUAUAUCCCUGUAACGUGUAAGUGGUUAUACAUAGAUAGGUAAACUUAGUACGUAAUCACGAGCUUUGAAAUAAUAAAUGAAAUACUGUUUUUACCGAUUUGUAAAAGUUCUUGUCUGUGACAAUGUCAUGUGCCUUGAUAUAAGAGUACAAUUCAAGGAUCGCGGUGUGUCAGACACGCCGGGAAAGUCCAUCAACGCUGUAAUUAAUUACUCGUUAUAAUAUCGUAUAUAAGUUCUAUUGUAAUACGACAAAUACAGAAAUGAUUUUUAAAACA